AUGGCUCUGUUUCCCUCGCUCCCUGCUGUCAUCACAGCUCCGGCGACCCGCGCCGUCGAGGCCGCUCGGGGCGCCGUUGGCGGUUUUACAUGGAAGCCGGCCCUCUCCAUCGCCCGGCCCACGUUGCUCUCCAUUCUCUCCAAAAUCGAAGUCGGCACGCUUCUGCUGGUCGACGAGCCCGCCGGUACUCGUCAUGUCUUUGGUCAGAAGCUUGACGGCACCGCCGAUCUCUCCGACGUCGAGGCCAGCGCAACCCGCCGCGCAACGACUGUGCCUCGUGUCGAGGUUAUUGUCAAGAAUGAUGCUUUCUGGAUGCGCUUAUUUCUUUUCGGCGACAUGGGAUUUUCGGAAGCGUACAUGCUCGGUGACUUGGAAUGUCAGGACCUGCCGUCUUUUUUUCAACUCUUCAUCGCCAACAGAGACCGACUAGGGAACGGCGCGACUUGGAUAUCCAGUGUCUCGGCCGCAGUUUCAGCCAUUGCUCGUGCCAAUAACGCUCUGGGCAACGCACUUCUCAACAUCUCCGCUCACUACGACAUAAGCAACGACAUGUUUGCCGCCUUUCUCUCCCCCGACAUGACUUAUUCUUGUGCCGUAUGGGAACGGCUGGACGACAUCACCAAGACGGACAGCACAGAGUCACUAGAGAGUGCGCAGCUCCGAAAACUCCACCGCUUCAUCGAAGGCUGCAAGCUGAAAUCCGACGACCACGUCCUCGAGAUUGGCACAGGAUGGGGCUCCUUUGCCAUAGAGGCCGUUUCCAAGACGGGAUGCCGCGUAACCAGCCUAACACUUUCCAAGGAACAAAAGUCUCUGGCGGAAGACCGGAUACAGGCAGCCGGGUUGCAAGAUCGCAUCACGGUGCUGCUGUGCGACUAUAGAGAGCUAGAGCUACCUGAUGGAAAGCGAUUUGAUAAGAUUGUCUCCAUCGAGAUGCUCGAAGCUGUUGGGAGGGAAUACUUGGCGACAUACUUUGGUUGCAUUGAUAAGCUGCUCAAGGAAGAUGGUGGCGUCGCCAUGUUUCAGUGCAUUACAAUGCCAGAAGGUCGAUGCGAUACGUAUGCAAAGACAGAAGACUUUAUUUCACAUUACAUUUUCCCCGGAGGCUAUCUCCCGUCGACUACAGAGCUUCUCAAUCACAUCACAACGCAGUCCAAGGGCACACUUAUUGUCGAGAACAUUGAAAAUAUUGGUGGGCACUAUUCCAGGACACUGCGCUUGUGGCGCGAGCAAUUUAUGGACACGUUUGAGAGCAAGAUUCGUCCAGCCCUCCUCCGGCAGCAUCCGGACAUGACAAAAGAGGCUAUCAGCGUCUUCAACAGGAAGUGGGAGUACUACUUUACCUACUGCGAGGCAGGGUUCAUCACAAAGACCCUCGGCGACGUCAUCAUCACCGUAGGACGCGAGCGAACACUUGAAUUCAUGGAGGGCAUUCCCCUGUAA